GAGGGGAGACGGCUGAGGGCAGCGCGGCCAGCUCUGGGCCAGGGGGUCCAAAGUGCUCGGCCCCAGGGCACAGCCGGACGUUUGGGGGCCUUCUUUCGGCAGGGGACAGCCUGACUGGGGACAAUGGCAUCUCUCAGCCACAUCUUGGUUCUUUGUGUGGGUCUCCUCGCCAUGGUCAACGCAGAAGCUCCACAGGAACACGACCCAUUCACCUAUGACUACCAAUCCCUGCGGAUCGGAGGCCUCAUCAUCGCCGGGAUCCUCUUCAUCCUGGGCAUACUCAUCAUCUUGAGCAGAAGAUGCCGGUGCAAAUUCAACCAGCAGCAGAGGACUGGGGAACCUGAUGAAGAGGAGGGAACUUUCCGCAGCUCAAUCCGCCGUCUGUCCACCCGCAGGCGGUAGAGACACCUGGUGCGAUGGAAGCCAGCCAGGUCCUGCAGCUCUGACUAGGCUGGAGGGGGGAGGGGGGAGGAGGAGGGGGCGAAGGGCUGGGAUAGGGGGCUUGGAGGGCUCUCCUGCCUCUUACCCUUUUCACCCGCAUAGAAUUCCCCUGGCACCUGACGCCUCCCACCCACCUUCCGCGCGCCCACCUCCAUCUGGACUGUCCUCUUUCCCAGCCCUGCCCCCACAGACUCCCGUCUGCCGCUCAGAUUUCCAAUAAAACGUGCUUUUCUGUCUUGA